AUGCAUGGUUGGUCUGGCAGAUCUUCGGGGGAUGAUAAAUAUUUUUUUAUGGAUCACCCUGGUGCAGUUUCAAUUACUACAGCACAGGGAGAACAUUUGAGAAAGCUGAUUAGUGCUGCAGCCUACAUCGAGUGUAGUUCAAAAACACAACAGAAUGUGAAAGCUGUUUUUGAAGCUGCCAUCAAAGUGGUUCCCCAACCACCAAAGCAAAUGAAAAAGAAGAGGAAGGCAUGGAAGGAUUGCUCCAUAUUAUGA